AUGGCUGAUCGAGGAGGAUUCCGUGGCGGUUUUGGAAGCGACCGUGGACGCGGUGGAGCCGCUCGUGGCGGUGACCGUGGAGGCCGUGGUGGUCGCGGAGGUCGCGGAGGACGUGGUGGUCGCGGAGGAAGAGCUGGACGUGGUGGAGAGAAGGAAGCUGAAUGGACUCCAGUCACCAAGCUCGGAAGACUCGUCAAAGAAAAGAAAAUCACUACUUUGGAAGAGAUAUAUCUUAACUCCCUUCCAAUCAAGGAGUUCGAGAUCAUUGAUACUCUUUGUGCCAAUCUUAAGGACGAAGUUUUGAAGAUUUCUCCAGUUCAGAAGCAGACCACUGCUGGUCAACGUACCCGCUUCAAGGCUUUCGUCGCCAUUGGAGACUACAACGGACACGUUGGACUCGGAGUUAAGUGCUCUAAAGAAGUUGCCACCGCCAUCCGCGGAGCCAUCGUUGCCGCUAAGCUCGCCGUUAUCCCAGUCCGUAGAGGAUACUGGGGUAACAAAAUCGGACUCCCACAUACCGUUCCAUGCAAGGUCACUGGAAAGUGCGCCUCUGUCAUGGUUAGACUUAUCCCUGCUCCACGUGGUACCGGAAUCGUUUCGGCUCCAGUUCCAAAGAAGCUUCUUCAAAUGGCUGGAAUCCAAGACUGCUACACCGCUGCCAAGGGACAAACCGCCACACUUGGAAACUUCGCCAAGGCCACCUAUGCCGCCCUCCAAAGAACAUACUCCUACCUCACCCCAGAUCUCUGGAAGGAGGAAGCUCUGGAGAAGUCACCAUACCAGCGUCACCACGAUUUCCUGGCUCGCAACUAA